GCAGUCUGUGCGUACCUGGGAGGUUAAACCCAGGGAAAAGACUCCCUGCUCUUUCAGUUUCCGGAAGAUCAUUGUAGCCUAAAAGAAAGAAAAUGGAAACCUGAAAUCGCACUUAGCUAAACAGUCGAGCGUUUUUGAGAGAAUAAAAGAAGAACAAUUUGGAAGCACGAUUACAUUGCUGCCAACAUCAUUGAACAGCAGCUGGAUCUUGCUGAAGAUUGGAGAGCAUCCCUCAUCCUCCCUCCCUUCUGAAUCAAUGGAAGGGUCUGACAGUUCAGAGCAGAGUGGCAGUGACCAGCCAGAGUCGCAGCGCAGAAGGCAGCUGGACCGCCUGGACAGAGAGGAGGCCUUUUACCAGUUUGUCAACAAUCUCAGUGAUGAGGACUAUCGUCUUAUGAGAGACAACAAUCUUUUGGGCACCCCAGGAGAGGUAACAGAAGAUGAGCUGUUUAAUAGACUGCAGCAGAUCAAGGAUAGUCCAGAACAGCAGAAUAACAGUACCAGUGCCCCCAGUACUGAAAGUGGAGACGAUCCAGUUGAACCACCAGAAAACUCUGAAGAUCCUGCCAAUGGGGAUAGUCUCUUAGACUGGCUGAACACAGUAAGGCGCACAGGCAACACAACAAGGACUGGCCAUCGUGGAAACCAGUCAUGGCGGGCCGUAAGCCAGACCAACCCAAACAGUGGCGAUUUUCGAUUCAGCCUGGAAAUCAGUGUGAAUCGGAACCUGGCUGAACAGCAGGCUGCUGCUGAAGGGGAGCAGGAGGCUUCUCAGGAGGCUUCUCAGGAGGCUUCUCAGGAGGCUUCUCAGGAGGCUCCUCAGGCGGCUUCACAGGAGGUUUCUCAGGAGGGUUCUCAGGAGGUUUCUCAGGAGGCUUCUCAGGAGGCUUCUCAGGAGACUCCUCAGGAGACUCCUCAGGAGGCUUCUCAGGAGGCUCCACAGGAAACUCCACAGGAGACUCCACAGGAAACUUCUCUGGAGACUUCUCAAGAGACUUCUCAGGUGACUCCUCAGCAGACUCCACAAGAGUUUUCAGAGGGUCAAGAAGUGGAGACAACUGCUGAAUCACAGGUGGCAAAUGAGGAACCACAAGUGCCCAUGGAGACAGAAGUGGUAGAAGAACCAGUUGUAGAAGAACUGGCUGUCAUAGUUGAGCCAGAGCCAGAGCCUGAACCAGAACCAGAGCCACAGCCAGAGCCUGAACUAGAAGAAGUUGUUUCACAAGAGAUUUUAGAAGAGCCUCCCAGCCCCCCUGCCCCCCUGCCAGUACAUCCCCCACUUCCUCCUUCUCCACGCAGAGGACAAAGGAGAGCCCGCAGCCGCAGUCCAGAACAACGCAGGACCAGGGCCCGUACAGCCAGGAGCCGCUCCCCUCUUAACCUGGAUCAGCUGGAUGGUCUCCCUAAUUCAGGUCAUGCUCACAGUUCUCAAGGUUUCAACCCUACCACCAAUGUUCCCCCUGUGCCUCAAGUGGAGGGCAGUUCACGGACUCGACAACAUGUUCUUUCUAGGCAAAGCACUGCUGACAGUGAUGUUCAGCCAUCUAGGGCUGGUGCAGAAACAGUCCCAGAGGUCCAAAAUGUGGCCUCACAGGAAGGAGAAGCUGCUGGGGGGGAAGGGGGUGCAGCAGGGCGCCGUCCCCCUACUAUUAUGCUAGAUCUUCAGGUGCGUCGUGUGCGCCCAGGCGAAUAUCGCCAAAGAGACAGCAUUGCUAGCCGCACCCGCUCGCGCUCCCAGAACUCAAACAACACCUUUCUUUAUGAGAGUGAGCGCGGUGGAUUUCGUAGGACUUUUUCACGCUCUGAGCGUGCUGGUGUGAGGACCUACGUCAGCACUAUUCGCAUCCCUAUCCGAAGAAUCUCUGAUGCAGGUUUGGGAGAGGCAACCUCAAUGGCUCUUCAAUCUAUGAUUAGGCAGAUUAUGACUGGUUUUGGUGAACUGGGCUACCUCAUGGAUUCGGACUCUGACUCUUCAGAUUCAAACCGUGGAGCCAACACUCCUGGGGAUCUGGCUGAAGCCCUAAACAACCCAGAUGCUACUCCUGCUGCCGCUCCUGUUGCUGAUGUCGAUGAACCACCUGUGGCUGCGGGAGUCAGAGCAAGGACAGCAGAGACUGAUAUUGAGGAAGGUCUUGCCACCGCACCACCUGCCUCUGGUGGCAGAGCUCGACCUAGACCCCCUAUCAGCCUAGAGGAGCCCAGCUCUCUGCCCUUCCUGCGGCUUGCCCACUUCUUCCUCCUAAAUGAUGAUGACGAGGACCAGCCCCAAGGACUGACCAAAGAGCAGAUUGAUAACCUCUCAAUGCGCAACUUUGGUGAGAGUGAUGCCUUGAAGACUUGCAGUGUCUGUAUAACAGAAUAUGCAGAGGGUAACAAGCUACGUAAGCUGCCCUGCUCUCAUGAGUACCAUGUGCACUGCAUUGAUCGCUGGCUAUCCGAAAACUCCACCUGCCCCAUCUGCCGCAGGGCUGUCUUGGUAUCGGCCAACCGAGAGAGUGUGGUGUAGCUUCUAAAAGACUGCAAGAUUUUUUUGUCUCAAGUUAAGUAAUCUAAUAUCCCAAGUCCAUGAAAGGCUUUGAGGAAAUGUGUCCUCACUGUUGAAAUGUAUUUCCCUCAUACCAUUUGUGAGUUUGAUCAUAAUGCAGUCACAGGUUUGAUUUGGGGAGCUCUAUACAGUGACAUCGGGACAUAUUCAGUCUCCACUAAGACACUUAUAAUUGCAGUCCAAAGUUAGGCACAAGCAAUGCAUGCUGUUUGAAUCAACCUGGAGUGACCAAGCAGUUUGUUGCGUUGCAUCAAGCCAUGCACACAAGCAGGCCGGUAUCUCUUAAAGAAUCCCCUGGUUAUAAAUGCUGCACACCUGCAGGUAGUUCAGGCACAUCUGCUAUUUUGUAUUAACUCCUAAAUGGCGCCUUAUAUACCGGAAGUUGGGUAUAGGUACAAUUCUUAGAUACACCAUUUCAAAGUAUUAGCUGUAAAUAAGCUUGUAAAAAUAAUUUUAAAUCAUACUUUGUAUCAGUGAAUUGGUUUUGAAUUGUAAAUUAUCUCGUAUGAAGAUUAGGGCCGCGUUGGCCGCAAUUACUCUCUAUCGGAGCAUCCCUAAAUUUGCUGUUAAACAAAUAGGUGGUAUUAAUGUACACAGCAUACUUAUUUAGAGAUUGUGGUGUCCAAAGUAUCCAGGACAUUGGUUUUCCAUUUACAGUGUGACUGGUACUCUCCCGUUUUUGUUAACCUGAAAGAAACAAAAUGCUAUUUUGGAGUGGCAUAUACCAUGAAAAACUGUGAUGUGAGGAAUUGUUUAAAAAAAUGUAAUGAUGUACAGACAUAAGGGAAAGAUAAAUCCAACUAGGCUACUUUUGAAAAGUGUAAGUUUAUUUUGGAAUCAUAUAGCAACUUAAUUUUCUUGAUCAUUUUAAAUGAUUGAGUAUUAUUCAUACCAGAAAUAAUGGUGAUAGAUAUUGGGUUGAUAUCAAGUUGUUGGCAUGUGAAUUUUUCCCACCUUAAAAAUACUAUACUAACAGGCAUGAUGUCAGAAAAAUUUAUAAAUAUACUUGCUUUUACUUUUCUUCCCCAAAUGUAAAAGGAUGUUUACUUUUUAAUGUACAAAUGAGUUCACAACCAUUUUGUCCGAUCAUUCAUUAGCUGCAGGUCUUAUUCUUUAUUUUUCCCACUAACAUAUUUGGAGUGUUUAAUUAUUGACCGAUGAAGUUCUCUAAUCUGUUAUGGCAUAGAUCGAAAUGAGCAGAGUUUGAAUGAAAUGAAAUGUCGGCUCUAGCAAGAAAAGAUAUUUUUACCCAGAGGUCCACCUCAAUGUAUAACUGAAAACUUAUUAAACUAAAGGUUUGAGUGUCUGAUAUUUAACAAGUAUGAAAGAAAAUCACAUCAUUGUCUUUGGUCUUAGUUAUGGCUCCAGUAGAAAAUCAAAAUGCUCGAUCACUGUGCCCUCCUCUUGCCCCAUGAGCAGACGCUCCAUAUCAGUGUGCAAUACAUGCUAAAGUGAAAGUAGAGAAAUACACACCAUGAUAUAAAUGUAUGCUAUUGUUAAAAAACAGUUGGUAAUUGCUAAAAUCUUAAAUGAAGACUUAUUACCUUUUUAAAAUGUGUUGAAGUUAUUUUAUUUUAUUUAGAAGUUCUGUAGGUUUUAGUAGCACUGUUGAACAGGGACACUGGCUAAGUAAGACAAAGGGCAUCACUAUUAAUGCCAUCCUGUCAUGUUUCUUGUUCCACUGUUUGAUGUCUUUGCCACAAUUAUUACUUCCCUUUGUGGGACAUAAAAGUUUGAAUGCAAGACAUUGUCAUUGUUGAAUACCAUAAACAUGUAAAUGAAAUGUAUGUUCCCUCUUAGGCCAUUCUUUAGUUUUGGCCUUGUUCUGUGUCACCCAGUGCAGUAUGUUAACUGGGUGUUAAAUGAAACUAACCGCUGAAUUAAACAAGUUGUUAUGCUACAAAA